AUGAAGAUUGCAGAGGUAGUAGGCGUUUUCCUUACCUGAGAAUCACAGGUGGGGAUGGACGGAAGGAAGGCACGCAUUUUGUUAACAAUGAGUGCGGCAGAUGACCUCAAAGACAAGUUGAAGGACCUCACGGAAGUGUACGAGGAAAUUGCAAAGAAGGAGGCAGAAAAUCAAGAGUACUCCGCCGACCAUGAUGACAAGUCUGGUGACAACAACGAAGAUGGGCUUAUAAAAUCCCACAUUGUGAACUAUCCCCAUCGGCGUUAUUAUUUGGACUUAAAAAAGAACCGUCGGGGUUAUUUUCUCCGUCUUACUAUGAUUUCAACCACAUCGCGGAUAAAGUUGGCGGUUCCAGCACAGGGAAUGCGGGAUUUGUAUAAUUCAAUUUGCGACCUUCUGAAAACCUGGUGGAAUCAAGCUCCAUCCUCCGCGGAACAAAAAGGUAGUGUAUAGCCUUAUUGACUGUGCAGCUCUAAAUCUGCCCGGACCGAAGGCCUUUAGGAUUGACAACAGGACACUCUACUUUGAUUCGGUCUCGAACCGUUAUGGUGUUUUUUUACGCAUCUCCCAAGUCUGGGCAUCCAGCCGAACGGCGAUAACUAUACCCGAACGCUCACUUAACCGGUUUCGGGAUAUAAUCAAUGAACUGGCCGAACGCAUUUCUUCCUCAUCGGUAAGUCUGUCCGGGAUUGAAGAUCUUGUCUGUAGGUGAAAGAGGAGGAGGAUUCUGGUGACAAUGAAAAAGAUGUGGCGCAUUCAACGGAGGAGACCUUAUCUAAGACCCCGAACUCGGAUACCCCGGCAGAUUAA